GAUGAAGCAAACCGUUCUGGCGGGUUCGGAGUCGCGCGCUCUAGUACAAUAACAGCUGAGAGAGCGGACAGCAGAACAUCACUUUAUCAAAAUAACCCCCGAUUAUUAUUAUUAUUUGCUUAAUAUCGCAUUUUUCCAGUGCUCUCUACCGAGACGUCAAUCAUGCACGUGAUCAAGAGAGAUGGGCGCCAGGAGCGUGUUAUGUUCGACAAAAUCACUUCACGCAUCCAGAAACUUUGCUAUGGACUCAACGCUGAGUUUGUUGAUCCUACUCAGAUCACCAUGAAGGUGAUUCAGGGCCUUUACAGCGGCGUUACCACAGUAGAGCUGGACACCCUGGCUGCUGAGAUCGCUGCCACCCUCACCACCAAACACCCUGACUAUGCCAUCCUGGCGGCCCGCAUCGCUGUGUCCAACCUGCACAAAGAAACCAAGAAGGUCUUCAGUGAGGUUAUGGAGGACCUCUACAACUAUGUGAAUCCCCUGAACGGCCACCACUCGCCUAUGAUUUCCAAGGAAACCCUUGACAUUGUUUUGGCCAACAAAGAUCGGCUCAACUCUGCCAUCAUUUUUGACAGAGAUUUCUCUUACAACUUCUUUGGCUUCAAGACAUUGGAGCGCUCAUAUCUGCUGAAGAUCAAUGGAAAGGUUGCUGAGCGGCCACAACACAUGCUGAUGAGAGUGUCUGUGGGAAUCCAUAAGGAGGACAUUGCGGCAGCUAUAGAAACCUACAAUCUGCUGUCUGAGAAGUGGUUCACUCACGCUUCUCCUACACUGUUCAAUGCCGGGACCAACCGGCCACAGCUCUCCAGUUGCUUCCUGCUUGCUAUGAAGGAUGACAGUAUUGAGGGGAUCUAUGACACCCUGAAGCAGUGCGCCCUCAUUUCUAAGUCUGCGGGAGGUAUUGGGGUGGCAGUGAGCUGCAUUAGAGCCACUGGCAGCUACAUUGCAGGGACAAAUGGCAACUCAAAUGGCCUGGUUCCUAUGCUCCGUGUCUACAACAACACUGCACGCUAUGUAGACCAAGGAGGAAAUAAGAGACCAGGAGCUUUUGCCAUGUACCUGGAGCCCUGGCAUUUUGACAUUUUUGACUUCCUAGAGCUUAAAAAGAAUACUGGUAAAGAGGAACAGAGAGCUAGAGAUCUGUUUUACGCCCUCUGGAUCCCUGAUCUCUUCAUGAAGCGAGUGGAGACCAAUGGGGACUGGUCUCUGAUGUGCCCUAGUGACUGUCCCGGGCUGGAUGAGUGCUGGGGAGAGGAAUUUGAGAAUCUCUACAUAAAAUAUGAGCAGGAGGGCAGAGCUAAGCGUGUGGUGAAGGCUCAGCAGCUGUGGUAUGCCAUCAUUGAGUCUCAGACAGAGACUGGCACACCCUACAUGCUCUACAAGGAUGCCUGCAACCGCAAAAGUAACCAGCAGAACCUGGGCACCAUUAAAUGCAGUAACUUGUGCACAGAAAUUGUAGAGUACACCAGUAAGGAUGAGGUGGCUGUUUGCAACCUGGCAUCCAUCGCACUUAACAUGUACGUCACCCCAGAGCGAACUUUUGACUUCCAGAAGUUGGCCUCUGUUACGAAAGUCAUUGUGAAGAACCUGAACAAAAUCAUCGAUAUCAACUACUACCCUGUGCGAGAGGCAGAGAAUUCCAACAAGCGUCACAGGCCCAUCGGUAUCGGUGUUCAGGGUCUGGCUGAUGCCUUCAUCCUCAUGCGUUUCCCAUUUGAGAGCGCAGAGGCUCAACUCCUCAACACACAGAUCUUUGAGACGAUCUACUACGCUGCGCUGGAGUCCAGCUGUGAGCUGGCUGCAGAAUGUGGGCCGUAUGAAACUUAUGCUGGGUCUCCUGUGAGCAAGGGCAUCCUGCAGUACGAUAUGUGGGAGAAGAGUGUUCUGUCUGGAGAGUUCCAGAUUGUGAACCCACAUCUUCUCAAAGACCUCACAGAACGAGGACUUUGGAAUGAAGAAAUGAAAAACCAGUUAAUUGCUCAGAACGGAUCCAUCCAGGCCAUUCCCACAAUACCAGAUGACCUGAAGGAGUUGUAUAAGACUGUGUGGGAGAUCUCUCAAAAGACCAUCUUAAAGAUGGCUGCGGACAGAGGAGCCUUCAUUGACCAGAGCCAGUCCCUCAACAUUCACAUUGCGGAACCCAACUAUGGCAAACUGACCAGCAUGCACUUCUAUGGCUGGAAGCAGGGUCUUAAAACAGGAAUGUACUACCUGAGAACUAAACCAGCCGCCAACCCCAUCCAGUUCACUCUCGACAAAGAAAAACUGAAGGAGACGCAGGAAAAUACAAGGAAAGGUGAGGGAAUAGUGGAGGUAAAGAUGGGUGCUAUGGUGUGUUCGUUGGAGAAUCGUGACGAGUGUCUGAUGUGCGGUUCAUGAAUUGAUCUCCUGUU